AAGUCUUGGGACAGGGGUGUAAAAUCUUCGGGAUUUAUAAUUGAAAGGAGUGGACUACGGAAGCCCACAGUUAUUGCGAGCAGCAAGUCGGAAGAGUAGCUUUCUCUCCCGCCACCAUGGGAUUGGCUUCAACAAUCCAAACCUCUCCCCCCAAAUUCGAACUGGGCCUUUCUCGGGUUCCAUCUCUCUUGCGCUCCGCUCCGUUUCCUAAACGGGUUCGGAUCCAACACCUCAACUUUGCUCCACAUCUGCUCCUCUCUCCCGUUGUAUGUAGAAAUCGUCGAAAUUAUAUAGUCUGCUCCAGAAGAACUGCUGAUCAGGAGGAAGAAUCUUCUACUUCUGGUAAAGAGGCAUCAAAUCUACAAUCGUAUGAUGACUUUACCGACUUCAAGAGUGCUAAUGGUGUCAAAUUUGUUGGUGUUUCAGAAGGAAUAACUCGGGGACCUGAUUAUAAGCAGGCUGUUAGAAGUGUUGCAUUCUGGGUAUGCGCAGCAGUGGCUUUUGGUGUUGGACUGGGAUUUAAAGAUGGAAUUGGCAAGGCAUCUGAGUUUUUUGCCGGCUAUUUACUGGAGCAGAGUUUGUCGGUGGAUAAUCUCUUCGUUUUUGUUCUCAUAUUUAAGUAUUUCCAAGUCCCAUACACGUAUCAGAACCGGGUGCUUUCAUACGGUAUUGCAGGUGCGGUAAUAUUCCGGUUGGCGGUUAUUAUUCUCGGAACUGCCACCCUGCAGAGGUUUGAGGCAGUUAAUCUUCUUCUGGCAACAGUGCUUUUGUACUCAUCUUUCAAGCUGUUUGCCGGAGAAGAUGAAGAUAGUGAUCUCUCAGACAACUUUGUUGUAAAGACAUGCCAGAAAUUCAUUCCCGUCUCUUCCAAGUAUGACGGCGACCGAUUUCUAACAGUUCAGGAUGGCGUGUGGAAAGCCACCCCUAUGCUUCUCACUGUAGCAGUUAUUGAACUAAGUGAUAUUGCAUUUGCGGUAGACUCAAUACCAGCAGUAUUUGGUGUUACACGAGACCCUUUCAUUGUUUUCUCUUCCAAUAUCUUCGCGAUCUUAGGAUUAAGGUCUCUAUAUACACUAAUUUCUGAGAGCAUGUCAGACUUGGAGUACUUACAGCCCUCCAUUGGUGUUGUUCUGGGGUUUAUUGCGUGUAAAAUGAUCGCAGAUUUCUUUGGUUUUCACAUAUCAACCGAGGUAUCUCUUGGUGUCGUAGCUACAACUCUUGGUACUGGGGUGUUGCUUAGUCUGAUGAAGAAGUCUGAUUAGGUGAAGAAGGAAUGUGAAUGAAGCCCAAGAAAAAACAAAAUGAUUCACCUUGCCCCUUUUUUUUUGUUUGGUACAAUUUGUAGUCGUGAAAUUUAGCAGCUCUUUUGUAGCCAAUAGCCAUAGUAGGACAUGCAACAGGGUGCUUAAUGCUGAAAAUUGUUUAUUA